AUGGGGAACCGCAGCGUCGCGGACGCCGACGGGCUGCUGGCGGGGCGCGAGCCGGCGACAGGCGGCGGCGCAGGGGACCCCGGGGCAGCGGCGGCGCUGGCGGGGGGCGUGCUGCUCAUCGGCGCGGUGCUCGCGGGGAACUCACUCGUGUGCGUGAGCGUGGCGGCCGAGCGCGCCCUGCAGACGCCCACCAACUACUUCAUCGUGAGCCUGGCGGCGGCCGACCUCCUACUCGCCCUGCUUGUGCUGCCUCUCUUCGUCUAUUCCGAGGUGCACGGCGGCGUGUGGCUGCUGAGCCCGGGUCUCUGCGACGCGCUCAUGGCCAUGGACGUCAUGCUGUGCACCGCCUCCAUCUUCAACCUGUGCGCCAUCAGCGUGGACAGGUUCGUGGCAGUGGCCGUGCCCCUGCACUACAACCGCCAGAGCCGCCGUCAGCUGCUGCUCAUCGGCGCCACGUGGCUGCUGUCGGCGGCGGUGGCGGCGCCGGUGCUCUGCGGCCUCAACGAUGCGCGCGGCCGCGAUCCCGCCGUGUGCCGCCUGGAGAACCGCGACUACGUGGUCUACUCGUCCGUGUGCUCCUUCUUCCUGCCCUGCCCACUCAUGCUGCUGCUCUACUGGGCUACGUUCCGGGGCCUGCGGCGCUGGGAGGCCGCCCGCCGCGCCAAGCUGCACGGCCGUGCGCCCCGCCGGCCCAGCGGCCCUGGCCCGCCGCCGCCCGACGCCCCUGGCCCCCGACACCACCCCACCCCCGACGCCAUCCCGCCGGCCCCCGACACCCGCCCGCCCCCCGAUGCCCCUCCGCCCCUCGACGCCGCUGUAGCCGCCGAAGCCCCGCUGCAGGCCCGCAGGAGACGCGCCAAGAUCACCGGCCGCGAGCGCAAAGCUAUGAGGGUGCUGCCCGUGGUGGUUGGGGCCUUCCUGCUGUGCUGGACGCCCUUCUUUGUCGUGCACAUCACCCGGGCGCUGUGUCCCACGUGCGCCGUGCCCCCGCGGCUGGUCAGCGCGGUCACCUGGCUGGGCUAUGUCAACAGCGCCCUGAACCCCGUCAUCUACACCGCCUUCAACGCCGAGUUCCGCUCUGUUUUCCGCAAGGCUCUGCGCCUCUGCUGCUGAGCCCACCCUUGGUCUGGACCCCGCUCGUGGCCUGAGGUUCUGCAAGAGUCAUUAAAGGGAUGCCAAACACCCGGCUGGGAAGCCUCCUGGCGGUGGGGCAGGGGGCA